CUCUCUCUAUCAGCCUCUCACUCAGUCUCAAUAUGUCUCAAGAUGGCGGCCAAUGCGGGAUCGAUGUUUCAAUAUUGGAAGCGCUUAGAUUUACAGCAGCUGCAGAGAGAACUGAAUGCCACAGCCACAGCCCUGGCCAACAGACAAGAUGAGAGCGAGCAGUCCAGGAAAAAGCUCAUCGACCAGAGCCGCGAGUUCAAGAAAAACACACCAGAGGAUCUGCGAAAGCAGGUAGCUCCAUUGCUAAAGGGCUUCCAAGCAGAGAUCGACGCAGUGAGUAAAAGAAGUAAGGAGUCAGAGGCUGCCUUCCUAAACGUGUACAAGAGAUUCAUCGAUGUCCCAGACCCUGUGUCGGCCCUGGAGGCUGCCCAGCAGCUACAGCUGAAGGUCCAGAGGAUGCACGACAUCGAAACGGAGAACCAGAAGCUCCGCGAGACGCUGGAGGGCUACACCCAGGAGAUCGCUGAGGUCAAGAACCACGAGGUCACAAUUAAAGCACUUAAGGAGAAGAUAGAGGAGUAUGAAGAGACCCUGAAGAAACAGGCCAAGGAGCUGGGCCAGGAGGAGAGGAGAGAGAGAGAGGAGGAGGAGGGGCAGCUUCACAACGACCAUGCAGAGAAGGAGAGUCAACAACAGGAGAACCAGGAGUCUGUGGUGUCAAAGCUGGAGGUGGCAAACCGUAAGGCCCAGUCCCUACAGACAGCACUUGAAGCAACUCAGGCAGAGCUUUUGGAACUGAAGAGCAAGUAUGACGAAGAGUCGACAGCAAAGGGCGAUGAGAUUGAAGUGGUGAUGUCAGACCUGAAGAGAGCCAAUCAGAGAGCUGAGGUAGCGGAGAGAGAAGCAGAGGCUCUUCGGGAACAGCUGUCGUCCGCCAACAAGUCCCUCCAGCUUGCCACACAGAUCCAAAAGGCCCCUGACAUGGAGCAGGCCCUGGAGGUUCUGUCGCGCUCCAGUCUGGAGGUGGAGCUGAGCGCCAAGGAGCGGGAGGUGCUGCAGCUGGCCGAGGACGUGCAGAGACUGCAGGCUAGCUUGGCCAACAUCCGGGAGAAUUCUGCCUCGCAGAUAAGCCAGCUGGAGCAGCAGCUCAGCACCAAGGAGAGCUUACUCAAGCAACUGGAGGAGAAACUGCGAGAGCAGGCAGACUACGAAGCCAUCAAGAAAGAGCUCAGUAUCCUAAAGUCAAUGGAGUUUGGCUCUUCAAACUUCUCCUCAGCACAGGACUCUAAGAAGCCUCUGGAGUUGUUGUUGAAGAGUCGCGGCCUGCAGUCUGAGAGCGCCUCCCUGCGCCUAAACAGCAGUGAACUGAGUGGUGUGAGGGAGCGAAAGGUCAAAGACUCAUCAGAGGGUCAACAGCGUCUUCCUGCCACGCCCAUGGGGACCAACUUGCAGGGCUCCCCUCCCCCUCCCUCCUCUCAACUCCUCUUGCGCACUGGCUCAGGUGGUUCCUCCGACACCACCCCUGUCACCACCGCCAAUGGCACGCACCACUUCUCGCCCACGGGCGGCGGGCUGGGUGGGCAGGACUUCUUCAGCCCCUCCUCGCUGGUGUCGGCAGGCACCGCUUUCCCCCUGGCGGGCAAAGUGUCGCUCAAUUCCCUGCUGCAGCGCCAGCUCAUGCAGACCUUCUACUCCAAAGCCCUGCAGGACUCAGUGUCUGGCCAGGCCCUGCUCUUCUCCCCCGCCCACUACCCAACUCCUAACUCCCUCUCAGCCAGCCCUCUGCCACCCCAUCAGUCUUUGCAGUCGCAAUCCCAGCACCCGUCGGCGGGCAGCCCAGACGUUAAUGGCCUAGCCCCCUCGCCCAGCCAGUCAGAGGGUGCAGGGAGUGUCUCGGAAGGUGAAGACAUGGACACGUCUGAGAUAGCGCGUCAGGUCAAGGAGCAGCUGAUCAAGCACAACAUUGGGCAGAGGAUCUUCGGCCACUACGUGCUGGGGUUGUCCCAGGGCUCGGUCAGUGAGAUACUGGCUAGGCCCAAGCCCUGGAGCAAGCUGACCAUCAGGGGCAAGGAGCCCUUCCACAAGAUGAGGCAGUUCCUAUCUGACGAGCAGAACAUCUUGGCACUGCGCAGCAUCCAGGGGAGGCAGAGAGAGAACCCAGGCCAGAACCUGAACAGAGUGUUUCAGGAGGUUCCGAAGCGAAGAACCGGCUCCGAAGGCUCCUCGAGGGCAGGUAACAUCACCACGCGGAUCCGUACUCCGGAGAGUGGGUCAGACGAGGCCAUCAAGUCCAUCCUGGAGCAGGCCAAGAGAGAGCUGCAGGUCCAGAAGGCUGAUGGGGUGGACAACAGACAGCGACGACAGACAGGUUACCCCCGAGGCAUGGGCAACUAUUUCGCAAAAUAUGCACAAAGUCUCAGACUCGUCUCUCUCCCUGCAGUGGACUUGUCUCAGACCCCUCCCUCGUCCAGCAUUGGUGGUGGUGGUGGUGGUGGUGGUGGUGGUGGUAGUAUCGGCUCAGGUGGAUCCUCCAGCUCAGACGAGACCAUCCGCUCCAUCCUAGAGCAGGCAAGGAGGGAGAUGGAGGCCCAGCAGGCCGCCCUGGAGCCCAUCCUCAAGCCGUCCUCCAUGGGCCCCUCUGACCUGGCCCUGCUUUCUCCCAAAGUCCUGGACGCUUCCACUCUCCGGGCCUCCUACUCACCCCUGGCCCUCUCCCUCAAGAAGCCCUCCAUCCCCCCAUCCUCCUCGCCCUCCUCCCUCCUGGACUUCCACUCUGCCAUGGUGAAGGAGGCAGGAGAGGUGGUGGUGGGAGAAGGCGGGGUAGGAGGAGGGUCUCUAAUGGACGGAGGGACCAAGCAGGGGCGGGGCUCCUGGAGGGACCAAUGGUGGAAUAGUAUGCACCCCGGAGGGCGGGGAGUCACGUCUAGCAUGAACGACGACACGCGGAGUCAGGAGGACAGUAAGGAGAAGCCUCCCCGGCUAGCCGGCUCGUCCUCGGCGCUGGCCCCCUUCUCCUCCGUCUCCAUCUCCUCCCCGGACUGCUGGAAGGACUGGCCCCGGGCCGAGUCCCCAUACUCCCAGGCCGGCUCCGAGCCCGGCGGAGGCACCAACACCCAGGGGCCCAGCCGCGCUGACACCCCCCAGAGCAGCCCCUCUCCCCUGCCCCUGUCCUUGAGCCUGGGGUCCCUGGGUUCCCUGUUGACCCCCGCAGCCAAACCAGUCAAGCCGGUGGUGGCGCCGCUCACGCCUGAGCAGUACGAGGUCUACAUGUACCAGGAGGUGGACACGGCCGAGCUCACCCAGCAGGUCAAGGACAAGCUGGCCAAGAACGGCAUCUGCCAGCGCAUCUUUGGAGAGAAGGUGCUGGGCCUGUCUCAGGGUAGUGUUAGCGACAUGCUGUCCAGGCCCAAGCCCUGGAGUAAGCUGACCCAGAAGGGCCGGGAGCCCUUUAUCCGUAUGCAGCUAUGGCUCAAUGGAGAGCUGGGCCAGAACGUCCUGCCCUUACAGGGCCAGCCACAAGAGAACACUCCAAAGACCUCAGCCAGCUGCAGCCCAGCACCAGAGUCACCCCUCAGCUCAGCCGAGGAGUCAGUGAAGAGCUUGGGGGAGCAGGUGGGAGGAGAGGGAUGUGGGGGUGGAGGAGGGUUGUCCCAGUUUCCCCUCAGGGAGCCCAGCGAGCCCUCUGAGUCCCAGCCCGGCACACCGCUGCCCGUCCCCGGUCACUCAGGUCUCAGCAUCCAGGAGAUGGUGGCCAUGUCCCCGGAGCUGGACACCUACGUCAUCACCAAGAAGGUCAAGGAAGUGCUGACCGAUAACAACCUCGGUCAGCGUCUGUUUGGGGAGACCAUCUUGGGUCUGACCCAGGGCUCAGUGUCUGACCUGCUGGCGAGGCCCAAGCCCUGGCACAAGCUCAGUCUGAAGGGACGUGAGCCCUUCGUCCGCAUGCAGCUCUGGCUUCAGGAUCCACGCAAUGUGGAGAAACUCAUGGACAUGAAACGCAUGGAGAAGAAAGCCUACAUGAAGCGGCGCCACAGCUCUGUGAGCGAGAGCCAGACUGCGGACAGUGGGGGCUUGUCAGGGGGAGACUUCAGCCAGGGGGGCAGCCCCCAGCACGGCCUCGGCCACCACCUGCACCAGCAACAGCCCCCCCAGCAGCACCUGAAGAAGGCUCGUGUGGUGCUGGCCCCCGAGGAGAAGGAGGCCCUGAAGAGGGCCUAUCAGCAGAAGCCCUACCCCUCGCCCAAGACCAUCGAGGAGCUGGCGUCACAGCUCAACCUCAAGACCAGCACCGUCAUCAACUGGUUCCACAACUAUAGGUCUCGUAUCCGACGGGAGCUGUUCAUUGAGGAAAUCCAGCGAGGUGAGGGCGUUGAGGGUGUCUCCCCGUCCACCAGAGCGGGCAAGGCCAGCGAGGGCGAAAGCUGCGACGGCACCGAGUCAGAUGGCACGGUGGAGGGCACUCGCCCCGGCCACGAGCACCACCCAGCCUCGGAGGGCGAGUGGGGGUCCGACCACAGGGACGAGGGAACCACCUUGGCCACCGGCAGCACCGCCGCAGGUACCAGCGGCCAUCACAUGGGCAGUGCCCUGGACAGCCUGUUCAGCUUCCCCGAGAUCAGCCAUGUUUCCUCUGUGUCCGUGGCUGCUACCGCCGCUGCCCGCAACCCCCGCGAAAACAGCCUGCGCAAGAAGAAAGCCGCCAACCUCAAUAAUAUCAUCCACCGUCUGGAGAAGGCCGCAAGUAAAGACGAGCCCCAUGAGUGGGAGUUCUAAUAUGGUCCCCCUGCUCACGCUACCGGGGAAAGUUCCUAUUUUCCUAGAGCCCUAACUGCACAGUCCCAAGGCCAAGCCUGGAGCAGUACUGCCAGAGAAGAACUGGUGUCUUUUACGAGUUUUCAUAUCAAAGAGGGUUUAGAGAUUUUUUUGAGAAGCGAAACGACAGCAACAACCUGAUUUUCUUUGUAGAUAAAGCACUUAACAGCCCUGCUGGCCAAAGGGCCCCAACUCCACCGGCCAAAGGUGUGAAAGAGACAAAAAACUUGCGCUACUCACAAAGGAGCUCCACUCCACAGGACGAAACUGUCACGAGAAGCAAUUCUGUGUUUUAUUUGUGUGUGUGUGUGUGUGUGUGUGUAUGUGGGUGUGUGUGUGUGUGUUUCCCUUUGAGAGAUUUAUUCGCCACCUCAAAGUUUUUCUAACCUUUUUCGCUCAGUGAAUUCUCACAACAUCUAACAGACUAAAUGUUACAAUCUUUUCUCUGUUUUCUAAGAGGUUCCUCCUAAUAACUCCAUUGCAGCUGUUUGGUAUCUGUAAGGAUCGUCAAACGGAAAGCCAAGCAUUUAAAACAUUUGUGUCUGCAGGAGAGAAGGACCAUGAAGUGAUCCUUUCCCAAGCAACCUUCUUCUCUGUGCCCCAAAAGUUGCCAUGUAAUGGCUUUGGAACUCUUAAUAUGCUAUGGACUCCAUUGAGAAAGGAAUCAACAUUUUUAUAUAAUUAUUUUUCUCCUCUGAGAAAGAAAAAAAGUAUUUAGCAAUUUGGUUGCCACGAAGAGAUUGCACAGUCGGUCGACUCUAAACAAUGCUAGUUUCGAUUCCUAAAUACUUGGGAAGGAUAAAAUGAUAAGUGAACAUACGAUUUAUCAGUUGUUGAAAGGAAUGAUGAAAAAAGAUUCACUUUAAUUCACAUUUUUUCAACGUACAACAUAAAAUGCAACAGUUAUGUAAGGAAAAAUCUGAAACAUUUUGUGGUAGCUGACUUUUAGUGUUCUUUCUCUUGAGUGAUCUAGAAACUUUUUGAUAAGUAGUGCACAUUUCUUUCAUAGCUUUAACUGACUUUCGGAGAUGCCAUUUUGGUGGCACUGGGAGCGUUUGUUUAAUACACUCAAUUUUAGGCCAAAAUCAGGUUUGAGAAUUAAGAAAACAAACAAAAAAAAUAAUGAAAUGUAUACAAGUUAAUGGAGAGAAAAAUAUUUCCGUCUAGAUAUUUUUUAAAACAAAAAGUUACAAACCUGCUUUUUAACCACAAAAACCACACUAUUGAGACCUCAGAACCGGGGCGGGCAGUGGAGCCGAUGGCCGCUGUACUUCACAGGCUGGCCCUAGGACGGGGAGGCUUGCGUUUCAUUGGGUGAAAAAGCCAGGAGAUGCACAGCUCACUUUACUGUAUAUUCCAAGGUUCAGGCUCUUUUGCUCUCAACUCUUUACCUAUGGUUGUAUGUAUAUAUGUACAUUGUCAAAACAAAAGACAGAAAAAGAAAGACAAGAAACCCCCGUUCCUGUUGCAUGCGGUGCGCUGAGUCGGUGGAAGAGAUUGACUCUCCUCUGCUUGUGUAUUCCCAUACCGACGAGCUACAGGACUGAUCUAGUCAUGGUCGACCUGUCAUACGUCCCUCCUUUAAACCCCUCUGAGAAAUAUGCUCCACAGGCUGUCAUGUUGGUUUGCUCAGAGGUCAAGAGGCCAAAUGUACCCGUACUUAGUAGAGAUAUUUCAAGGUACAUUUUUACUUAUUCAAUAACCAAUACCAAAAGUUCUAUCCAAAGUACUGUUGAUGUGACAUCCCCCAUCCAAUUUGGUCGUCUCUGUUUCAAAGUCGAGCUUGAUUCUUCCACCAGUCUUAAUGCGCUCUCUUCCUUAUAUGAACAGUUUUAUGAUCAAUUCAGGACUGUUAUGUAGCAUCUCCAUUCUCCACUGGUCUCAACAAGUCCUCUUAUCUUCAGCUGAAACUCUUGGCUUGCCUCGUGAAUAUAUCUCAGAGGUUAAGAUCACUUGACACGGGUCAAUGGAAGAAACAAAGACAUUCAUUUUAUACUCAACCCUCAACCCAUCCUCCCUCUCCCAGACAUGGUAGAACAGUAGAAACCCCUUCGCACACACCGAUCACAACCUUCUCCCGCCUCUCCCGUUCCUCCUAUGCCACAAGCUCACAGUGCCUGCCCGCCCACUGCCUCUCCCUCUGUGUUUGAGUGUGUGAGAGCACACGUACGUGUACGCAAGUAGACGUGUGCUUGUGUGAUGUUGUAUGCACGUACUGUAGGAAAGGGGUGUAAGGGUGUUAGAGAGGACUAGCUGCCCUGCUCUGCCAUACACACCCCUAAGUGUGUAUGGCUCUGUGCGUGUUUUAUACGUCUUUGAUUUGUACAUGCCUGCACACAGAGUGCACAACUGCCACCCUUUCUUUCUUCUAAGCUGUUUUCCAAGUUAUCGCUUACUGCAUAGCAGACUCACAAAUACAGUAGGUCUCCUUUAUUGCCAUAUAUUAACGACUCACAGUAGAUCACUUCAACAAAGUUUUUUUUGUUCCAUUUUUUUGUUCUACUUAUUUAUAGGGGCUGUACUUUACAUUUUAAUGUCUUAUUUGAUUUUUGUUUUACAUUAUUAUUAUUAUUAUUAUUAUUAUUGUUGUUAUCGUGUGGGACUAUAAGGGGUCAUGUAAAAAAAAAAAAAAAAUUUAGACUGAUAGACUGCCGGCAGUAUUGGGUUAUACGUACGAGAUGUAGUUGUCAUACAUGUAUAUUAGUGAAAUUUGAAUAUGUUUUGACAGUGUCAUUUAUAUGGUUUGAACUCAAUUGAGAGAUGAUGUCAUCGAUAGCAUUAUGGUGCAUUCACCUUUCGUGAUGUGUCUGUGCAGUUUUCUUUUCUUCUUUUUAACUUGUAUGUAUUUUCCAUGAAGAUAGAUCACCUCAGCAAGCAUAAUUGAAAUCAGGUUGACUCAUUCUAUUUUGUACAUUUUCUGUGAAUCACUGAACCCAGCACAGGACAGAAGUUGUGGUGGGGUUCGAGAACCAAUAGCAUCUGAAUGUCUAGAACUGCAGUCCUUUGGCAUCACCUCUGAAUCUGGCAUUUUAUUUCUGAAAUGUUCCAGCUUUAUUUGAGAUUAAUAAACUGAGGUACUGAUAGGAUCGCUAUAUAUGGGCUUAGAUCUAGCAAGAGAGUGUGACUGGCAUUUCCUGUUUAUUGGACCGGGAGGUUUCCUGUCUCUACAACCUAACCAACAUGUGGCCCUGCACAAGGCUAGGGAUCAGAAAACUGGAGUGAACUAUAAACUGUGAUGCACUUGCUGACAUCUAAAACGUUUGUGAAGCUCUUAGUACUACGUACACAGACUAUUCAGAAGAUGUUUAUUUCCGCAGUUAUUAUUAGCUAAAUAUAGGUUUAGUUCCUUAAAACAAAAUCUUAUCGAAUUACAUUUUUAUACGUAACAAUAACACAAACAGGUGUGUAAAGCACACGCACUACUGACAAACAACCUCUAAAAAGGGCGGAAGGCAAUUAAACUGUCACAAUUUACCUUAAAAGUUGAAUUGCAUGCUGUUAAAAAUGUUCUAUCCUAUUCUGACUUUACAGUAAGCUUACUCUUUAAAGACAUCACAUUAUCAACAAAGAAAGUGAUUAUUGUCAACUUUUCAAAUUGUGCACAUUUGGAGCACAAUACAUUGGACUUAAUAUAUGGCUGUCUGAUCCUUGCGCCAUACCCUGGCUCUAGAGUGGGUCCUGAAUGCCUACUGUUCAGCUGCCCCUCCUACAGCAAAGCUGGUGGUGAUUAGAUCACCUCUGGAGGGCAGUGAAGUUAGCACACUGUUCAGAAGCCCUGCGUCCUGGCUGGUUCCAAACUACGCUCCCUCAAGUGCCACACUUCCAGUCUGGUCAAUCACAGCAGUCCCUAUCAGCUGGUCAUACUGUUCAACUGAACUUCGAAUAAAAGCACAAGUACUGCAACAAGUUUAAAAUAAUUGUCUUUCCAUUUAAUGGCUGCAAGUAAAGCUUAAAUUGAUCAUACCCAAAAACAUUACCUUUCAAAAAAGGAGUUGACGUUUUAGCACUAUUAAAGAGACAUCUUAGCACUUACCGUCUGCGAGUCUUUUCCUCCAGACUAUCUUAAGUUCAUAGGAGUGCCUUUGCCUUAAAGUGACCGAAGUGUUGAUAUUGUUUUAAGGAUUGCUCAUAAAUGAAUGCAGUAAGCUGGCCCAGUCUCUUAGUCUGAAGUCUUGCUUCCCAUCCCAUCGUCAUUCUCAUGAGACUUUUCAUCACUGAUCUCCAAGUCUUGUGCAGGCACCACAUGGAAACAAGCAAUAAUUUUGAUUUGUCUCCCACAUGCUGUGUCCUCAACACAGCUGUUGACGUCUGUAGCAAAGUUGUUUUGUCUGGAAACGCUCCACUGCUGUUGAACAAAAGGGGUCCAGUUCUGUGACUGGCUGGCUCCUCCAGAGGUGAUGCCAAUACAGACUUGUAGGCCACAGAUCUGUAGGAGGUACACAAUCAAAAGUCCAUAUGCAGAUAGUCGGUAUGGCUCUCAUUAACAAUGAUGCCGCCUUGAGUGUCUGGUAGAGGCACUAGUGAAAGGGAUUUCAUCAACAGUAAGUGAGUCUCCCAGAGGGAUUUCAUCAACAGUAUGUGUGUCUCCCAGAGGGAUUUCAUCAACAGUAAGUGAGUCUCCCAGAGGGAUUUCAUCAACAGUAUGUGAGUCUCCCAGAGGGAUUUCAUCAACAGUAUGUGAGUCUCCCAGAGGGAUUUCAUCAACAGUAUGUGAGUCUCCCAGAGGGAUUUCAGUUUGAUAUUAUUACUAACAUGUCAAGUUGUGCUAUCAUGAUGUCAACUGUUCCCAGCUAUACCCUGUUAGUACAGGCCACAAUAGCGAUAGCUGACAGGCAGUGCUUUUUGACUUGGAGUUACAUUUCUGUGGAUUUGUUUUUAUUUUUCUAUUUCUCAUUUGAUGCUAAUGCAAGAUUUGAACACGAGUUCUCUCACUUUUUCUCCCCAAAUCAUGUUCUGCUGGCAGCCAUUUUGGAACAUUGCAUGUAGUUUUGCCCUUUGGCCCAGAGGGAAAGGUUUUUGAUCAUUAACUUGUAUUUGAUUUUAUCCCUAUUAAUUCAUAGAUCAAUGUGUUUUGGAUGAUUUUUUAAAUCGUAAUCUUCUAAAGGGGGGUUGUGCACUCUGAGCUAAUGGAAGUCAUUCUGUGGUGGAAUUAGUUUAGAACUUUUCCCUAUUUUCAAACCGUCUGAACGUCAUUGCUUCUUGUUAACGUGUACCACACCUCUUUUUCCUCAUGCUAUAGGUUAGGUUCACAUGACAUUGCUUUGUCAGACUCUCCUUCUUGAACAAGAGAUUGCACCCUUAGUAUUCAAGGACACGAUUCUCCUUGAGGCCACAGUCAUGGAAAUCAUGCUGACUAGAACGGCACAGAACAUAGACAAGGACAGAUAUCACACACCAAUACAUGAACAAUACAAUUGAAAGAGGACCAAAUCAGGCUUGAUUACCUUUCCGAGUUAUUGUCUAGCACAUGUUCAUAUAGACAUCAUAAAGAACAGUUAAUACAGUGUUUAUGUUGUAGGCACUGGGUGUCCAAGAACUAGAGGUCGGUCCUCUUUUCUCUGCUCCUAUUCAUGUGUAUACUUCUGUUAUUGACAGGGAAAGGUUUUCUUAAAGUGUUGGUUAGAUUUGUAGACACAGAGUUGUCUGUAGCUUUCUGAAUGAACGGGUAAGAUUCUGAGUAUCAUGAAGAAUUGGGGGACUGGAUUUGACAGUGGAACCCUGGAGGAAGCACCCAAAGCAACACUGGUUUAUACAAAGGGCAUUUUGCAUGUGUUUGUUCAGUUUCUUUGUGCUACAGUUCCCUUCUGUGUUUUCAUGUUCUUUUUCUGUUGUUAAGAAAAACAUUGGUUGUUACAUUGUUGCAGAAACCAUAUGAUUAUUUUGGAUGAAUUUCAGGAAUUUGCCCUUUGCAAAUAUUUUUCUAUAGAACUAAAGUAGAUUGCUAUCAAUAUUAUAUACACUGUCAUAUAAAGUUGUACAGAUAUAUAUAUCCUUAUAGCAACUUGUUAAGAAUUACUAUGGGUUUGUUUUUUGUUAUUACUGUCAAAGUAUUGGUAGUUCUCUCUCUAUAGGGUUGAUGUGUCCAUAGCUUAGUUUUUUUCCCCAUAUCAGGACUACGAAAACCUCACACUGUAAGAUCGACUUCAAGGAUCGUUGCAUACGUAUUAGCAUUAGCCAGCGCUAAUCUCAUGGUGUUUGUGUAUCAUGGAUUCACAUUUCUCUUAUGACCCUCCAAUUAUUUCAUAACCUUAUGUCAUUUGUGAGACAAACGUUAACCCAGUAAACAUGAAGACCAAUGCCUUGAUUCUCAUUGAAGCAUAUACAUAACAGAACCAUAUGUCAUUGCACAUCACUAGCCCCAAUCUAUACUUGCUUUUAUUUAUAGUAUAUAAACACCUUAGGCUUUGUUAGAUUAUCCUUAUUCAAUGUCAACAGACACUGGUAGUGACAAAAGGUUUUUGACGAUGUUUGCUAAAAGUGUGAUGAAAUCUGGAAUGAUUUGCUUUUGAUUUGCCUUCCCGUUUUAAGAUGAGAUUUGAUUUGAACAUUAAUGCAUUUUUUUUUUUGCUCAUCUUUUUGCUUGUGUUAAGUCUCAGAAGUCAGCCAGGGACAGUAGUCUUGUGAUUGUGAGAAGAGUCAGAAGUCGACAUGUUAAUAGAGUUGUGAUGCCAGUGACAUUGGAAAUGGAGACUAAAAUAAUGGUCAACAAUGGCGGCAUAAAUAAUGUCAUAUUCAAUCUGAAUUUGGAUUAUCUAAGUGUGGUCACACAUUACUUUAUGCAUUACUGAUUGCCUGCUGAUUGACAUUUUGCAUCCAACACUCAGUAGUUGGCAUAUAAGUUACGAUGGAAAACUAUACAAUAAAUGUUGACAUCGAUUAACGGUUGGUUGUGUUACAGUAGUUUUGGGCCUUUGUCGGCCAACUCCAAAUGGACAACUAAUUUUGCUCCCUUUAAAGCCACAUCCAAUAUUGUGUUUUUUGACAGCUGUGUUUUUAGAGCUUUAGUGAAGGAAGCAUGAUAGAACUACAUCACCCACAGUCCUUUGCUGCUACCUUGUUUGCUUUCUAUUCAUAUGAGAGGAUGUUGUGGUGGCGGACGUAUAAGCCGAGUGUCUAUGGAGUCCCCUCCCUCAGUUCAGCUCUAUGUCUCCAUACUCACAUUGACAUGCUCCCAAGGCCUCAACUGACUGUAUGAAUUUGUAACUGGACAAAUCCCUGCUGAAGUCAUCAAAUUUGUUUGUGUCCAGUUCACCUUUGUUUAGCCAUGUGCUAUAUCUAAGUCUAAGAUCGUUGUUUUCAUGUUGUCGUAUAAUCCAAUUCUCAUUCACUAUAGCCUUGUUCACAUUGGAAGUAGACUCAAAUCACAUUUAUUUUGCAUAUCCGAUUCGAAUGUGGUCUUUUUCCUGCAGUCUCAACAGCCAAAAAGUACAUGGAAUCAAAUAAUUCAAUCCGCAUUUCAAACCACCUUUGAAGUCUGAUACAAAUAUGAUUCCUGGCCAUGCAACUUGUGUCUGAACAUUCAAAUCUGAUUUAUUCGCCCUCAAAUGGUUUUUAAGACUGUCAUUUGGCAUAUCAUGUUGCUUGCUAGCUACUCUGUUUCCAGUUUGACAAGAACAUGUGGUAGCAAAAUAGCUUGUUCAUUGUUAGUGAAUGUGCUAAAAAGCUAAACAGCUACGUAGCUAAGUGACUAAAAGUUGGAUCAUCUUAUCCUUUUGAGGCUUUAUAAGUGUUCUUACACAAUGAUUUUGAACAUUCAAAGCAACUUGAAGGUUGUCACCUUAGCCUGCUACAUUACUUCUGAGUGAUCGGCAGCAGGAGCACCGCCACCAAUCAGCCUACACCACAGUGCACGCCCGUCAUUACUAGCGUAGCCAUGUCAGCAAAUGACUGCUGUCUGAAUACACAUUUCCAAUUUGGUCACUUGUAGUAACUUGCUGUUUGGACAGUCAGUAUUCCAAAAUGGAUUUGAAAAACAAAACUGAUUUGAGUUUUAAGGCCUGCAGUCUGAACAAGGCUUAAUUGUGUUAAGAACAAAGCUAGCUAUACUCGCCAAUGGUUUUUUGCUCCUCCCCUUUACUACUACCCUACCAGGUUUAUAAGCAACCUUCCUUAAAGGUCUAUUUUUCAGCUGAUCAUUUUGAAACUAGGACACUACUUUUAUCAAGCAUGGAAAGAAGUCUGAGUGUAUGAGUUAGGUGUUGGAUGUUGUCAAUUUGGCCGACUCUCAACCUUCAAAGUGCCAGAGGUCUCCAACUUUCUGAUGUUUGGUCAGGCAGCCAUCUCACUAUCAGUUUAUCUACUGUAAUGUCAAGUUGUUGUGUCAGUAGACUUUCAAUUCCGUGUAUAUACUCUCUGAUUACACAUAGGUCACAUUGUUGGUCAAAUGUUGUUCAGGUACAGAACUUGAGAAUGCCUGUUUCAAUAGACACUGUAGAUUUUCUGAGAUAAUUGAGACUAACAUGUUUUAGUCUUUUUGCUUUGUAAAUGGGUGAAAGAAGAUCAAGAUUUUAUACCAAAUAUUGUUUCAUUCUUUUUCCACUGCUAAGGAGACCUUUUAGUACCUUGAAUGAAAGGUUUAUUGCUUAGAUCUUGUUUUGGCAAAUGCGAGUGUCAUUGGAGAUGUACAGAUAUCGCUUCCAUAGAAAUUGAUUUGUGCAAUUUAAUUUCUUAUGAAGGUUAUGUGAUUUGUUUUUUUAAACCAAACUUCACAUUGAAGUUAGUUACCAUAAUCUUGCAAAAUAAAAAAAUCCCUUCAACCAAAAAAGUGUAAUUCUCAACGAAGAGUUGGUACUUCUGAAGAGUUUCAGCCCAAUUCACUUUUCCUCCAACACUUCACUUAUGAAUUAUAGCUUGACAUGGGGCAAAACAUUUUGGCAUUCAUAUGACAUGGCGUGUGUGUGGAGUGUUGAGCAGCUCCUAUGCAGUUAUGGGAGGCAGUUUCCUUAUUCCUUUUAGUUUGCGUGCUCUCUUUUUUUACUGACUGCUUUUGAAGUGAGGAACCCUCCCACCAUCUCAGCUGGUCUAAUUUUGUCUCUCAAAGCUCAGGUGGAAACUACUUUUAGCAGAGUCCUUGUGUCACUGUCACUGGCAAAAACAGUUCUCCCCCUUCAUCUUCAGUCCAGAGAGAGGUGUAGUUAGUUGCUGUCGGCUGAUUUAUUUUUCUACGAAGCAAUUCUAGGCCUCAUGAUCGGCAAUGAAAGGUUGACUCCACCUUCACAGGAAAAAAAUAAUCUUUUUCCAGUUUUUGUUCUUUUUUAUUUGGUCAUUUAAGUCAUGUAGUCUGUUCCCAGCACUGUAAGACAGUCCCUAUACAAUAUGGAGAAGCAAUAUCACUGUAUGAAACUCACAAUGUAUUAUUGUUAUUAUUAUUGUUAUUAUUAUUAUUAUUCACUAGCACCCUAGGUGUGAUAAUUGAAGUAAAUAUCUUUUAUACAAACACAAA